ACAUUAAAUUCAGCUAAAACUCAUCCAAGUAAAGUAAGCAACCCAUCAAUUCCACAUGUCAAUAGUAUGAACAAACCAUAUAUAUAAAUUUAUCGACUAUUACAUAUUCAAUCUAAUCUUCCAUCAAAACUACCCCACAACCAUCCACAUAUUCGUAUUCUCAUAUUCACACCCUACACAGACACAUGCGACCACAAACCAAUCCCUUCCUUCACACCCACAUAUAAAAGAACCAGUGAAAAAAACAUAGAAUCCAAAAAAGUCCAUCUGGAUGGUUCAUAUGAUUAACACUUUUGUGUUGUGCUGUGUACGCGCAUGCUUUCUCAUUACUACUUUCAUUAUUUAAUCCUAUUCGUUCAUCUACUCUAAAAAGUAAUCCUAUCAUUUAAUAUAGGAGUAUUUGAACUUCCUCUUCUUUAUUUCCUUAUUCACUUGCCGGAAAUUAAGACGAAACAACCAAACAACCUUAACAUCUCCUUUUCUAGCCGCUACCUCGUCUGUCUCUUUGUUCAAUUCAACGUCACUGUAAACUCUUUUCUUUCCGUUUUUUUUAUAUUUCUUUUAUCAAUCUGUCUUUGUUCAUACAGUUUUACCGCAAAUAUGUAUACUCUCUUUUGUCCCUCUUUACUUGACUAAAAUCCAACCACCACCAAAUACUAUAUAGUCACUUCAACUUUUUGCCACUUUCACUUUUCCCCCCAUAAAUUCCGUGUCGUUUCAUACAAACGUCACUUUCUUCUCUUUCCUUUACAUAUACAUAUACUGAUAUACUAGUACAUACACAACCAUUGUGAAAAAUAUUAAGAAAAUGGUGGUUGUGGAAGGUGAAAACGAAUACAACAAGGAACAUGAAGAACUGAUUCCAGGUUUACCAGAUGAAAUAGCAGAGAUUUGUCUUCUUCGUGUUCCUUACCCGUAUCAGCCUCUAGUACGCUGUGUUUCAUCGUCGUGGAACAAAGCUAUAUGGAAUCCAUCUUUUCUACUUUCCAAGAAAAAACUUUGGAAUUUUCCACACCUCUUUGUGUUAGGUUUUCAUACAGUAACCUCGAAACUCCAAUGGCAAUCGUUGGAUCUUUCUUCUAACCGUUGGUUUAUACUUCCUCAGAUGCCGCUCCCAAACGACACGAUUUGCUCAACCUCCUUUGCCUCCGCUUCGUUGCCGAGUCAGGGAAAGAUAUUCGUCAUGAGAGGAACGUCGACAAUCGUUUACCGUACAACGGUUAACCAAUGGUCGACGGCGUCGGAGAUGAUAUCGGAGAAAUCUUACUUCGCGGCAGAGGAAGUGAACGGGAAAAUCGUGACCGUUGGUGAGAGCGGUACAGAAAUCUACGAUCCGGAGAGUGACACGUGGAAGAGAGGCGCGAAGUUUCCGGGGGAGCUGGAGAGGUAUGAAACGGUGGUUAACGGAGGGAAGAUAUACGUAACGGAAGGUUGGUGGUGGCCGUUUGCGGUUAGGCCGAGAGGUUGGGUUUACGAAUUGGAGAAUGACACGUGGCGUGAGAUGAGAGAGGGAAUGAAAGACGGUUGGGCGGGAGAAAGUGUUUCGGUGUGCGGGAGGGUGUUUAUGAUACCUGACGUUGAUUUACCGAUGAAGGUUUACGAUGAUGAAACCGACACGUGGCGGUGUGUGAGUGGUGAGAGGCUACCGAGAGAUAAAGUUAAGAAACCGUAUGUUGCGAGAGGAUUAGGUGAUAAAAUCUACGUGGCGUCGCUUGGUUUGAAAGUGGUGGUUGGUACGGUUGUUGUUGAUGAUGAGUGUGGUGUGAAUGUGACGUGGCAGGUGAUGGACGCACCGGAAGCAUUUGGGGAAUUCUCACCUUGUAGUUGCCAGGUGGUGUAUGCUUGAACAAGUACAAAAGUAACUGUUUUGCAAUGGUGGCCAGGGUGGACAUGUUUUUUUUGAGGGUUUUAAUAUUAAACACUCUUUUAGUACUACCAACAUGUCUUGCUAAUGGUUCUGUUUGGUUUUAGAUUGGGGUGUUUUUUUUAAUUUUUGUGUUGGUUUUGUUAAGGAUGAAGUGAAUUGGGACUUAGUUGGAAACUGAAUCUGAUUUGUGGGUUGGCCUUGUCUGAUAGUACAACGCAAGUAGUACAAUAGAGGGGUGCAGCAGGAUGAAGCCAUAUGAGUAUACGAUGAAUCUAUGUUUAGGUGAAUAAUCUCUCUAAACAUACACUGAUGCCUUGUUUUUUUACAAUGAUAUCUAUGUUUUUGUGCAUGUAAAUUAUAAUAAUACAGAAGACGUUUCAUAUGCCA